AAAAAAAGUAAGGAUAUUAUUGCUUUUCUUUAUAUUUUUCCACAAAAUAGACUUGUUAAACGGUGUUCUAUGUCGUCUAUGACAUUUGGCCAGAAAACAUUCACCCCAACGCCCCCAGAUAAAGGUAGUUUCCCAUUGGAUCACGAAGGUUUAUGCAAAAAGUCCAUGAUAAAAUAUAUGAAAUGUUUGUAUAGUAAUAACAACGAUAAUUCUCAGUGCAGAGAAGAGACGCGGGAAUAUUUGGGCUGCCGCAUGGAUAAUAAUUUAAUGGCAAAAGAAGACUGGUCGAAAUUAGGUUUUAACGAGGAAAAGUAAAAUGGUUAAUAUUUUAAUAGGUGUAACGGGUAGCGUCGCUACUAUAAAGCUGCCUACAUUAGUCGAGUCAUUUUUACAAGUAAAGGAACCAAAAAUUAACGUUAGAGUAGUUGUUACGGAGCAUUCAAGGCAUUUUUUCAAAGAUAGCGAUAUUGAUGUUGGUGUCACUAUUUACAAUGAUAAGGAUGAAUGGGCAGCUUGGGGGGGAAGGGGGGAUCCUGUUUUACAUAUUGAGUUGGCAAAAUGGGCGGAUUUGUUUUUAAUUGCGCCCCUAGAUGCUAAUACAUUGGGAAAAAUAUCAAGCGGUUUGUGUGAUAAUUUGUUGACUUGUACUGCAAGGGCAUGGGAUGUUAGUAAGCCAUUGAUAUUCUGCCCUGCAAUGAACACCAAAAUGUAUUUACACCCCUUGACGUCAAUACAAAUAAAUAAUUUAAAGUCGUGGGGUUAUUUGGAGAUUCCUGUUAUUGAAAAAACUUUGAUGUGUGGCGAUACAGGGGCUGGAGCUAUGGCUGAAGUUCCUACAAUUGUUGAGUUUGUAAAAAAUGUUUUGAAUAAAUAA